CUCGAUUGGUAGUCCUGUGCUUUUGCUCCUCCUUGUCGGUACGUCAUAUUGCCGCUUAGUUUGAGUAGUGGUGCUUUUUAGUUUGGCGGUGUAUUGGAUUGUGCGAAUUAAAAAAAAUAUACCUAGAGAUAAGGGUGUGCUUCAGACCACAACCGAGGUGUCUUACUCGCCAGACACCAUGCACUUGGUGGUGCUACUUAUAUCCCUCGUCAUCUUCAGCGCGAAUGCUGAAGAUGACACUGCCGGACCAGUUUUCCUAAAGGAACCCCCCAAUCGAGUAGACUUUUCCAACACUACCGGAGCCGUAGUCGAAUGCAGCGCUAGUGGUAACCCGCCUCCGGAUAUUAUUUGGGUCCGAUCUGAUGGUACCGCGGUGGGUGACGUACCAGGUUUACGACAAGUCCUUGCCAACGGAAAUUUGGUGUUUCCACCCUUUAGGGCGGAAGACUAUCGCCAAGAAGUUCACGCUCAAAUUUACGCCUGUUUAGCCAAAAACAGCAUCGGUUCGAUUCAUUCCAGAGACGUCAACGUGAGAGCAGUGGUGCAGCAGUUCUACAACAGUCGCGUUAUCGACGAGUACGUCUUAAAAGGCAACACGGGCAUAUUGAAAUGUUUGGUGCCGAGUUUCGUUAGCGAUUUCAUUCAGAUCGAAUCGUGGGUAGCUGACGAUGGUACCGAAAUUAGUUACGAAACGCGAGACAGUUCCAAUUUGGAUAGUAAAUACCUGGUGUUGCCCUCUGGUGAAUUACACAUCAGGGACGUCGGACCGGAAGACGGCUACAAAUCGUAUCAGUGCCGUACGAAACACAGACUGACAGGAGAGACUAGACUGAGCGCUACCAAAGGUCGAUUGGUCAUCACCGAACCGACUAACAAUGUACCUCCGAAAAAGGUCGGGGAACAAUUUGAAGGUUGGAAAAUUAUUUUUGUUGCCAAACGCGAUACGGCUUGGUUACCUUGCCAGGUUACUGGCUACCCAGUACCAAGAUUUUUGUGGUACAAAUUUAUCGACGGAACGUCAAGGAAACAGGCAGUAGUUUUGAAUGACCGAGUGAAGCAAGUGGCCGGGACCUUGAUUAUUAGAGAAGCAAAAGUUGAAGAUUCCGGAAAGUAUCUUUGCGUGGUUAACAAUUCUGUAGGCGGAGAAAGCGUCGAAACCGUUUUGACCGUGACUGCGCCACUUAAGGCGACUAUCGAACCAAAAGUUCAGACGGUCGAUUUCGGCCGACCUGCCGUAUUUUCCUGCAAAUUCGAAGGUAAUCCUAUCAAGACAAUUUCGUGGAUGAAAGACGGCAACAAAAUCGACCACACCGACGCUGUUCUGAGGAUAGAAGCGGUAAGGAAGGAGGACAAGGGAAUGUACCAGUGCUUCAUUAGAAACGACCAAGAAAGUGCAGAAGCUACCGGAGAAUUGAAGCUAGGGGGUCGUUUCGAGCCACCACAAAUCCGACACGCCUUCAAUGAAGAAACCGUACAGCCAGGAAAUUCCGUGUUCAUGAAGUGUAUCGCCAGUGGAAAUCCCACUCCUGAAAUCACGUGGGAACUCUACGGACGUAAAUUGUCCAAUAGUGAUCGUUAUCAGAUCGGGCAGUAUGUUACAGUGAACGGGGACGUAGUGUCGCAUUUAAAUAUCACGGGCAUCCAUACAAAUGAUGGUGGUUUAUAUAGGUGCGUGGCAAGUUCAAAAGUGGGUAGUGUGGAUCAUUCGGCUCGUGUUAACGUCUAUGGAUUACCAUUUGUGAGGUCCAUGGAGAAGCAAGCAAUUGUUGCUGGAGGCACCCUGAUUGUACACUGUCCAUUCGCUGGACAUCCAGUGGAGACUGUUGUUUGGGAAAGAGACGGAAGAUUGUUGCCAAUUAAUAGGAAACAGAAGGUGUUCCCUAAUGGAACGUUGAUCAUCGAAAAUGUUGAAAGGGCGUCCGAUCAAGCGACUUAUGUUUGUGUAGCUAAGAAUUCUCAGGGCUAUAGUGCGAGAGGGUCUCUGGAAGUACAAGUCAUGGUUCCCCCGCAAAUAACUCCUUUUACUUUCGGGACGGAAGUCGUUAAUUCUGGUGAUAUGGCCAGUACUCAAUGUGCUGUGGCUAAGGGAGACCUGCCUUUAAAGAUACAUUGGUUGUUUAAUAAUCGCACUGUUGAGGUGUUACCCGGAAUCAAUGUGGGUCAAUACAAUAAAAGAAUUAGCUCUCUUAGCAUCGACUCUGCAACUCAUAUUCAUUCCGGAACGUACGAGUGUACUGCUGAAAAUUCUGCCGGGAGGUCCAGCUAUUGGGCUAUUUUGAACGUCAACGUACCUCCUCAAAUUCACCCCUUUGACUUUGGGUCAGAAAGCGUCUUUUCUGGCGAACUCGUAACGACUACGUGCGCCGUUACCAAAGGCGACCUUCCUUUGAAAAUCAUUUGGUUUUUCAACAACGAGCCUAUCGAUUCUCUACACGGCACCACGGUGGGCCAGCUAAACCCAAAAAUGUCCACUUUAAGCAUAGAAUCGGUUUCCGAGAUACAUUCGGGAGAGUUUUUGUGUAUCGCCGAAAAUCCAGCGGGAAAGUCUAGUUACUCCGCGAUAUUGAACGUUAAGGUACCACCAAGGUGGAUAUUAGAGCCGACUGAUAAAGCUUUUGCUCAAGGCUCAGAUGCUGCCGUAGAAUGUAAAGCCGACGGCUUCCCCAAACCUGUCGUUACUUGGAAAAAGGCUACAGGGGUGUCGCCUGGCGAUUACAAAGACUUUAAACAAAACGACCCAGACAUAAAAGUAGAGGACGGUACUUUGGUUAUAAACAAUAUCCAGAAAACAAAUGAAGGUUAUUAUUUAUGCGAGGCAGUUAACGGAAUAGGGUCUGGUCUGUCUGCAGUGGUUUUCAUCAGCGUUCAAGCACCUCCCCAAUUUGAAGUCAAAUUCCGUAACCAAACCUCAAGGCGCGGAGAUCCUGCUGUACUGCAGUGCGAAGCGAAAGGAGAAAAACCGAUUGGCAUUUUGUGGAAUAUCAACAAUAAACGUCUCGAACCCAAGGGUGAUAACCGUUAUACGAUCCGCGAAGAAAUAUUGCCCAAUGGGGUUUUGUCGGACUUGAGCAUCAAGAGAACUGAAAGAAUCGAUUCGGCCCUUUUCACCUGCGUCGCCACCAACGCUUUCGGAAGUGACGAUACCAACAUUAACAUGAUCGUUCAGGAAGUACCCGAAGUGCCUUACGGUCUAAAAGUUUUAGACAAAUCAGGGAAAACGGUGCAGUUGUCUUGGGUAGCCCCGUAUGACGGAAAUUCCCCCAUUAAGAAGUAUAUUAUUGAAUAUAAACCAAGCAAAGGUAGUUGGGAAAAGAAUUCCGAAAGGGUGUUGAUACCCGGUGACCAAACUGAGGCUGGUAUUUUUACAUUGCGUCCUGCCACCACUUACCAUAUCCGCAUAGUUGCCGAGAAUGAAAUCGGAUCGUCCGAACCAUCAGACACUGUUACCAUUAUCACCGCCGAAGAAGUUCCCGGGGGUCCACCAACAAAUAUCAGGGUCGACGCAGAAGAUCAACAUUCCCUAGUAGUUUACUGGAAACCGCCUCUCAGAGAUCACUGGAAUGGGGACAUUCAAGGGUACUAUGUGGGAUACAAACUGGCUAAUACCGACAAACCUUACUUGUUUGAGACUGUCGAAUUUCCAAGGGAGGAAGAAAAUAAGGAGCACUAUCUGAAGAUAUCUAACUUGAAGACUUACACUCAAUAUUCAGUUGUCGUGCAGGCUUUUAAUAAAGUAGGUGCUGGUCCCACUUCUGAAGAAAUCAAAGCGACCACCGCUGAAGGCGUUCCAGAACAACCCCCAGACAAGGCCACCUGCACCACUUUAACCGCUCAGACAAUCAGAGUUUCCUGGGUGUCACCCCCACUCACUGCCGCUAAUGGGAUCAUCAAGGGCUACAAAGUUAUCUACGGGCCAUCCGACUCUUGGUUCGAUGAAAAUACCAAGGACACCAAGAUAACAGCAUCCAGCGAAACUAUACUGCACGGUUUGAAGAAAUUUACAAAUUACAGCAUGGAAGUCUUGGCAUACACAUCGGGAGGCGAUGGAGUAAGAACUCCGCCAAUUGCUUGCCAAACUGAACAAGAUGUACCGGAAGCCCCGAUCGCAGUGAAAGCACUCGUAAUGUCGUCUGAUUCGAUCCUUGCCAGUUGGAAACCACCGGUAGAACCGAACGGCAUCAUCGAAUAUUACAUGGUUUAUUACAAGGAAUCUGGCAAUGGCGACGAAAAACCAAAAUCUCAAAAAAUCGUGCCCAAUAUUAGAAAUCAGAACUUAAGUUUCCAAGCGAAGAACCUGGAUAGUGCCUUGAAAUACGAAUUUUGGGUAACUGCCGCUACUACUAUCGGUGAAGGUCAGCCAUCCAAGAAAGUCGUUGUAUCGCCCAGCACCAGCGUACCUGCUAAAACCGCAUCCUUUGAUGAUACUUUUACUACCACUUACAAGGAAGAUGUUACUUUGCCUUGCUUAGCUGUUGGCGUUCCACCGCCAGUAAUCACCUGGACCAUCAAGGGUAUCAAAUUUAAUGUAAACUCUAAUGACAGGAUGAGGCAGCAGCCAGAUGGUUCCCUAUUCAUCCGAGACGUUACCAGAACCGAUGCAGGCGAAUAUUCCUGCCGAGUUGAGAAUGAUUUUGGGCAAGAUUCUGUAACUCAUCAAUUGAUCGUAAACGCUCCCCCACGAGCGCCGCAAGUUAUUCUUAUUUCCACAACAACAAAUUCUCUAACGAUUAAAAUCAAACCUCAUGAAUCUGACGAAGAUCAAAUUCACGGUUACACCAUUCAUUAUAAACCGGAAUUUGGUGACUGGGAAACGGUCCAGGUUGGACCUGCUACCGACAAAUAUACUUUGGAGAAGUUGCUUUGUGGCACAAGAUAUCAGUUGUAUGUAACGGCUUAUAACGGUAUCGGCACUGGUGACGCGUCAGACAAUCUCAACCCCAAAACAAGGGGGGAAAAGCCAAUUGUCCCUAGCGCGGACAAAUUUAUCGAAGUAUCAUCGAACAGUAUCACCUUGCACCUAGGUGCGUGGUCCGAUGGCGGAUGUCCGAUGCUGUACUUCGUCAUUGAGCACAAAAAGAAAACUAACGCCGAAUGGAUCCAAGUUUCCAAUAACGCAAAACCAGGUCAGAAUUUCGUGCUUUUAGAUUUAGAUGCCGCGGUUUGGUACCAUUUGAGGGUCACCGCUCACAACAAUGCCGGAUUUAACGUGGCCGAAUACGAAUUCGCAACUUUGACAGUUACAGGAGGUACCAUCGCGCCUGCCCGGGAUCUGCCUGGUGUUAAAAUGUUGUUUCCCUGGAUUCCCGAUUGGGUCGAAUGGAAUAUUGCGGUGCCUGUGGCCGCGACGGUUGUGGUCGUUGUAGUAGGAAUUGUUGUUGUUUGUGUCGCCUUGUCGAGGAAAGCUCACGGACCGUUGCAAACUAGACUGCGCAGCGAUUGUAUGUAUGACGUUGUUUACAAUCAAUCAUGUAACGCCGCAUCUACUUUGGACAAACGAAGGCCAGACUUGCGUGACGAACUUGGAUACAUUGCUCCACCCAAUAGGAAGCUCCCUCCAGUUCCCGGAUCCAAUUACAAUACGUGCGACAGGAUUAAACGAGGUACCGCGUUAAGGGCACAUUAUCGUUCUCAUUCGACUUGGGAUCCCAGACAGCGUCAUUUAUAUGAAGAGUUGAGAAGUAGGCGUGGCUCAAACGAAACUGUUCACACGCACAGAGGCAUGGAUGAUGAAAUUUGUCCUUACGCCACUUUCCACCUGCUUGGGUUCCGCGAAGAAAUAGAUCCCAGCAAAGCGAUGCAGUUCCAAACGUUCCCGCACCCGCAUGCGGGAACUCUAGGCGCUUCGGGAAUGAACACUCCUCAUCAAAUGCAUUCACGUAAUGGAUCCCAAUCUAUGCCCAGGCAGAACAAUAGACGAUAUGAUAGAGUCGGAUCACAAGGAAACGGAAGCAUCUAUUCUCCUGGUCCAGAGUACGAUGACCCAGCUAACUGUGCCCCGGAAGAUGAACAGUACGGCUCCCAGUAUGGUGGUUACGGGGCUCCUUAUGACCAAUACGGAAGUCGCGGUUCUAUCGGACGUCGUUCUCUUGGAUCACUAAGAAUUCCACCAACCAGUAACAGUCCCGAACCCCCACCACCACCACCACGUAACCAUGAUCCCUCUUUUAACGACUCCAAAGAUUCCAACGAGAUAUCGGAAGCAGAAUGCGAUAGGGACCAAUUAAUCAACAGCAGGAGUUAUGGAGUAAUGAGAGGUAACGCGAAGGAUGGCAUGACCCAUGAAGAAAUGCGAAAACUGAUUGAGAGAAACGAAACAGGGCAAACCGCAGCAGCAAACGGGGGACUCACAGCCUACGAUACUGUGGCAGUGUAAUUUGUAAAAAAGCAAGUAAUGAAUUUCUUUACACUUUUGAAAUUUAGCAGCCGCCAAUACUACUAACGCGUUCGAUGCGUCCAUAUUUAAUGGUAGCAUCGAUCAGAUGUUGUGGUUACUAAAUUUCCCGAUUUUGCAAUAAAUGUUCACGUCGAUGAGACUGACUUUGUAUAUUAUUUAAAUCGGUUUAGCGCAAAGUGCUUGUUUAAAAAAAACGCAUUUCUUAUUAAAAAAAAAAUAGCGGUGAAUAUUUAUUGCGAAAUUUUUACUUCACACUCUCUUUUCAAACCAAAUAUAUUAUUAUUAAGCUGCCUUUAUUUUGUGGGCUCGGGAGCCGCUACAUUGAAAACGUACAUUUUUGUCGCAUAAUUUGGAAUUUUUUUAUAUUUUCUUGUGUAGUUAAAAAAUGAUUUGUACAAAGUGGCUCAAUGUGUCAUGUGAUAUUUUUAUGGUUCGUGGAUGUUUGGUUCAUGCGGUGCAUCUCGGAUGUCAGUUUUAGUCAACAGGAUGACUUUUCUUCCAGGUGUAAGUUGAUCUGGGAAAAGUAUAUUUUUGACAUUAAAAUUCUAAACAAUUGACUACUUGAACUGACAUUUAAAUAUGCCCCUGGCACAGAUUAUAUCCGUUUUUGGGCGGGAAAAUUAUAAGAUUCAAGGUUAUCAAUUCUUUAACAAAGUGAUCACAUUUUAUUUUGAUUAUAAAACCGAUUAUUUUGACAGCAUUAGAAUGACUCCAAAUCAGAAAGUUAUAAGAAUUCUUCUCAUUCAAUUUAAUUUGUAGUUUUUUAUGGUAUUUAUCUAUGUUGAGUAACGAAAAAAAUUGACCACUUCGUUAAUAGAUUACUUGAUAUUGCGCUAUCCAAUAUUCGUAACAAAAUAUCGGGGAAAUAAUCUGUGCAUUCAGUCUACAGUUGGUGCCAAAAUUAACGGGAAAGAAAAAGCUAUACCAUCAUACUGUAGGCCAUAUACUCUUGAUUUUGUAUAGGUAGCUUAUUGUUUAAUUUUAUGCUUUACUAAGUUGUUUUCGUUUUCCAAUUUAUGUAGUUUUUAGUACGGUUGGCGAUUUGGUUUUGUUUAAUUGUAAUCGUGCUGUACAAGUUUUGAAGGUUGUGCGUCGCCAGCUUUUUAGGUAAUACGCUAUUGAUAAAACUACUAUAUUGUAUUAUAGCUGAUGAUGAGCAGUCGGCAGUCUUAGAACUUUUACAUCAGUCCAGGUAGUGCUAUUUUCAAUUUAGGUUGCGUAACAAGUUCCAGACUGUUUGGCGAAACUAUAUAUGACCCAAUGUAGCAGAGUAAAAAAGUUAUCAGUUGCUAAUUACGAAACUAUAUAGAUGUUUAUAAAUUUUAAGCAUGCAUUCAAAUAUUUAAAUGUAGAUGUUGAGAUUAAAUCCAAAAUUAGACCUGGAAUUUAUCUGCUAAACGCUAUUGACCAGAUUUAACAUGUAUAAUUCGUGUAAUACUCAACGGGCAGUCCUUCAGCUUGCCUUUAUCUUUAGGAUAUUUGAAAUGAUGUAGCCUUAGGUGUAUUUUAUUGACUACUUAUUUGUGGUGGCAUUUUAGACUCUUUCAAAUUUUUCCAAAUCGUAAAGAUCGCUUCCUAAACACCAACACAUUUUGCAAUUUGUUUCCGCUUUCAAGUUCCUAACGUAGUGACAGAUUAUAUUCUGGGCAUAUAUUUUUUUAGAAAUAGUCUUGUAUUGUCAUUUUUUGCUGUGACUAGUCAACCAAACUUCCAGUAAAAGCCAUUAAAUUAAUUUUAUAUGAAAAAUGACAAUUCAUAUUGUUUUUGUGAUAAUGGUUUGAAAUGCCAUUAUUUUUGUGUAUUGUAAGUGUGCUCUAUUAUAUCCAUUAGUGUGUAAGUUAACUAUAAUAUUCUCUAUACCUAUCACAUAUUAAUUACUCUAAUUGUAUUUAACAUAAUUAUUAUGGUCUUUAAUGAUAAUUUCCUUGCAAUAUUUAAAAUAACAUCACGCCAACUCUUUUGAAUGCACUUUCUUUAACUUUCGGCUUGUGACAUAUUUUAACUUGAUAGUUUUGAGUUUCUCGAUUUUUUAUGAUGUUGAAUGUAUGUAUUUUGUGAGUUGCUUUUUGUAUUACAUUUGAACGAUUUUGCUUACCAAAGUUCGUUUGGGUUGAUUAUAUAAAUAAAAUA